AUGGGCAACGACGGCGGCUCCAUCCCCAAGCGCCGCGAGCUCGUCAAGAACGCCGGCCGCGCCAAGACGACGACCGAGCUCAAGGAGACCCUGCUCGAGUCGCUGACCCACCUCUGGACCUUCUGCCCGCUGUCGUCGCUGCCGCUCGACCCGGCCCACACCGUGUCCGACGCCCGCGGCCGCCUGUACAGCUACGAGUCGGUGCUGCAGUGCCUGCUGCCCGCCGGCGACGCCGCCGUGCCCGAGGCCCAGGACGACGCCUUCCGCGCCACGCGUAUCCGCUCCCUCAAGGACGUCGUGCGCCUCCGCUUCGCCCUGCGCAAGGACGACAGCGGCCGCGAGUUCCGCGCCUGCCCCGUGAGCCUCAAGGAGCUCGGCGCCGCCACCCGCAGCGUCUACCUGGUGCCCUGCGGGCACGUCUUUGCCGAGGUCGCCAUGAAGGAGAUUGCCGAGGCCGAGAGCGCCUCCAAGGAGCAGCAAGACAGAGAGCAGAGGUGUCCCGAGUGCAGCGAGGCCUUCGAGACGACCAACAUCAUCCCCAUCCUGCCCACCACAGAACCCGAGCUGGCCAGGUUAACAGCGAGGAUAGAGGACCUCAAGUCCAAGGGCCUCACGCACGCACUGAAAAAGGACAAGUCGGCCGGCAAGAAGAAGCGGAAAGCCGGCGAUGCGGCGGAAGGCGAGGCCGAGAACGGCGCCAACGGAAAGGGCAAGAAGGAAAAGAAAGAAAAGGAGGUCGGCAUCGACAGCCGCAUCAACAACCCAAUGACCGCGUCGCUGACGGCCAGGGUCCUCGCGGAGCAGGAACAGAACAACAAGCGGCGGAAGCUGGCCGAGGGCCUGAAGCGGGAGGCUGUACGAUGA